UAUUGAACUGGGAUGGAGCUUUUUAACUCGGCGUUCUCGACCGGUUCACCGGUAUAGUUUUGUUCCGUUCUCAAAAUUCUAAUGGCCAAAAACCCUGGUCCGGAGUAGUCUGCCGCCACGCCAUCUCCUUUCUCGGUGGCAGCUUCCGAUCGAAUCGAGCAACAGUCCUAGACGGAGAAAUCGUCGAAACCUCCGACCCUUCAGAUUCUUGUAUCAUUUCUGGGCUUUUUAUUCUUCGUUGCUUUCUCGGCUACCAAACAGGCGAUGAAGGCUGCAAUUUUGCAUCUCUGCUCGUCUCAACCAAGAACUGGUGUUUUGCAUCUAUCAGGUUUCAAAACCCAUACAGAAUCCCAGUUUAUGGAUCUAUGAAAUCCCCAACAAUGACAUUCGAUUUCUCGUUCAGUUGGCAUCUGAAAUGAGAUUGCAGCACAUGUUCCUUCGUUCAGUCGCUCAGUUCUCUUCCAAGCCGCCAUGGAUUCAUCGCUCCUGCAGCUCAGGAAACACAGACUUUAGUAUUUCUGGUGAAGUCGUCAGUAUCCUAGCUAAGGCGAAACCGAUAGAACCCGCUUUGGAGCCGCUUGUACCGUUUCUCUCGCCGAAAAUCAUCGCAUCGGUGAUCAAAGAACAGCGAAAUCGGCAACUGGGUUUCCGUUUCUUUAUCUGGGCGUCGAAGAAAGAGCGUCUCCGAAGCCGAGAAUCCCUGAGUUUGGUCAUCGACAUGCUUUCUGGAGAGGACGGGUGCGAUCUGUACUGGCAGACAUUGGAGGAGCUAAAAAAUGGCGGCGUUUCAGUCAAUUCGUAUUGUUUCUUCGUCCUGAUCUCGGCUUAUUCCAAGAUGGGCAUGACAGAAAAGGCCGUGGAGUCGUUCGGAAGGAUGAAGGAAUUCGAUUGCAGACCCGAUGUCUUCACGUACAAUGCGAUUCUGCGGGUGCUGAAGCAAAAGAAGGUUUUUUUGUUAGCUUUAGCUGUAUACAACGACAUGCUCAAGUGUAAUUGUUCCCCAAAUCUGUUCACAUUUAGUAUCAUGAUGGACAUUUUGCGCAAGGGAAGUAUGAUGGAUGAUGCGCUCAAAAUGUUCGACGAAAUGACCCACAGAGGUAUUUUGCCAAAUAGGGUUAUCUAUACCAUUGUCUUUCAAGGCUUGUGUCAGAUAAAAAGAGCUGAUGAAGCUCAUAAGCUGUUCCAUAAGAUGAAAGAGGAGGAGGGUUCUUCCCCGGAUUCCGUGGCUCACAAUGCUCUGCUCGAUGGCUUCUGCAAAUUAGGUAAGAUGGACGAGGCGUUUGAACUGUUACAGAUGUUUGAGAAAGAUGGUUUUGUGCUUGACCUACGAGGGCAUAGCAGUUUGAUUGAUGGGCUAUUCAGAGCUAAGCGAUACGCUGAGGCAUAUUCCUUGUACAAAAAGAUGCUCGAGAAGAAUAUCAAACCCGACGUUGUUUUGUACACGAUAUUGAUUCAAGGAUUAUCCAAAGCCGGGCAGGCUAAGGAUGCAUUGGAGAUGUUACAUGAGAUGCCAAGAAGAGGCAUUGUCCCGGAUACAUAUUGCUAUAACGCUGUUAUAAAGGGUCUCUGUGAAGUUGGUCUCUUGGAGGCGGCUCGGUCCCUUAAGCUCGAGAUCUCGGAAAACGACUGCUUCCCCGAUGCUUGCACUUACACAAUUCUCAUUUGCAGUAUGUGCAGGAAUGGGCUGGAUAGCAAAGCUGAGGAAAUUUUCAACGAGAUGGAGCAGAAAGGUUGUCACCCUUCAGUUUUCACGUUCAAUGCUCUGAUAGACGGGUUGUGCAAGUCCAGAAAGCUAAAUAAAGCUCUACGUUUGUUCCAUAAAAUGGAGGUGGAGGUCGGGAAACAUCCGUCAUUGUUUCUCCGGCUUUCGUAUGGUGGCAACUUGGGUCAUGACCGUUCCAGCAUAAACAGCAUGGUGGAACAAUAUUGCGAAUCUGGUUUGAUCCUCAAGGCAUACAGGAUCCUGGAGCAGCUAGCCGAGACCAGGAAUCCCGACAUUGUAACUUACAACAUUCUGAUAAAUGAGUACUGCAAGUCCGGCAAUAUAGACGGAGCCCUCAAGCUGAUUCAGGAGCUCAAAGGAAAAGGGUUGUUCCCCGAUAGUGUCACUUACGGAACUCUCAUCAAUGGCCUUCAGAGAGUUGGAAGAGAAGAAGAUGCUUUUGUGUUAUUCCAUAAGAACAGCGGUAUUAUACAGAGUCCCGAGAUUUACAGGUCGCUCAUGACAUGGUCGUGCCGGAGGAAGAAGAUUUCGGUGGCUUUUAAUCUCUGGUUGAAGUACCUAAGGGAAACAACUAGGGUGGACGAUGAAGAAGUGAAAGAGAUUGAGCAAUGUUUCGAGGAAGGGGACUUGGAGAAAGCGGCGAAAGGGUUGAUCCGUUUGGAUAUCGGACUAAAGGAGUUGGGUUUAGGACCUUACACAAUAUGGCUGAUCGGGUUAUGCCAAUCCGGGAAGUUCAAAGAGGCGAUGGAAGUAUUCUCUUUUUUGAGGGAGAGGAAGAUCAUUGUCACGGCCCCGAGCUGUGUCAAGUUGAUUCAUGGCCUCUGCAAAAGAGGCGAGCUUGACACUGCAGUAGAAGUGUUCUCAUACACUCUAGAGAAUGGAUUCAAGCUAAUGCCCAGAGUAUGUGAUUACCUCCUCAGGUCUCUCCUACUCUGUGAAGACAAAAAGGAGUUGGCUUUUGAACUAAUGAACAGAAUGAGAGUAGCAGGUUAUGAUGUGAAGUCGAUGAUCCGAGCUAGGACCAGGCAGGUUUGGCUCGAUUGUAGGGGUAAGAGGGUCAAGUCACAUGCCUCGUAUGGUCAUGAGGACACGGCGGAAAUGGAGAAUGCAUCGCCCGGAUAAGGUAGGUCCUCGGAUUGAGACAAAAGGGUUUGCAGGACUUGCCUCCAUUGACGGGUCGGGGUCAAGAAAAUGACUAGCAGAGAAGGAGAUUUCGAAAUGCUGUUCAUGUCAUUUGGUAAAGAAGACAGGGAAUCCCCAACCGAAGAGGAUGAUUGUUGUUAACUGAGGCUCCAUGGGAAGAGAUCAAAGCCGAGCAGGGAGAUGUAAUGUAACACAGGUGUGGUGAUGGUGAUGAUUAUGAAGAUUAAGUGUUGCAGGACAUUCAAACGGCUGUUUCGAAUAUGACACGUGGCACCUCGAGGUGUCGGCUCAGUAUCUGGCCGGAUAUUCCCGCUGGCGAAGCUAAUAUAAAUGAUGACGUCAUUUUCCGGCGUGUGGGUGAAAAUUAGUUGCUUUGCUCCGCAGCUCAUGUUUAUUUCGGUAAUUAAUAACUCACGAAUCCAAAUUUUCACUAGAUCUCAAUUAAAACCUCCAUUGGGUUCCAAUAUUUCCAGA